CCGCGGCGGGGAGGUGGCAACGCUGCGGCGGCACACCAGACGGCACGCUGGGCGGCGGCGGGACGGGCACGGGGCGGCGCGUGACGGUGCCCACCAUGACUGACACCGAGCCCAGCCUGGCCACUAAGAGAAAGUACAACGACCUCUCCCUGGACCUGAACCUCGACCAAGUGACGGCCGACGAGGCAUGGGCCAACUACGACAAUAUCAAGCUGAAGUACACCCUUGAGGGUGAGCAACUGACAUGGCUUGCAUGUGCAUUGUAUGCUGCAUGCCGGCGACGGUCUGUGCCUACUGUGGGAGGCCGCCCUGGCAACAUGAUCCAGGGGAACUGCGUCUCCCUGACACGCAUGCUGCAGCACUGCAAUCUACCGUUGACAGAAUUCAUCAAGAAGAUGAAAUCAUGGCUGGCAAUGUCCCAUUUUGAUGAAGGAUUCUGUCGAAGAGUUGAUCUUUUGGAAAGGAAUUUUGCUGUCUCCAAUAACAUCUUCAAGAAAUACAAACCCAUAUUCUUAGACUUAUUUAAGAAUCCAGCAAAUGACCUGCCCAGAGCUCCUCGAUCUCGCAAGCAGAGGAGACCACCAUGCAAUUCAACAGAACUUUUCCACUUCUGUUGGACUCUAUAUAUUUUGAUUAAAGGGAAAUAUCCAAGUAUCCCACAGGACCUUGUAAGCUGCUACUCACUGCUGUUAGCCUCCAUUGAUCUCAUCUACCGAAAUGUGGUGCUAUCUAAUAGAAAGGAUCUCAUCAACCCCGAGUGUGAAGGGGUUCCAGCUGACUUCUUGAACAGUGAGUCCAGUGGAAAUGACUUGGCGUCAUGGCCAGUCUCCAUCAUGGACUAUUUGUGUGAAAAGUUUGAUGGUGUGCUUGUGGAGACGAAGGUAGUGAGGGAGUACUACUGGAACAAGCACAUCAGAGACCUCAUAGACAAAAAGGUAUUGAAAGGAGGGGCUGAAGGUACUGCACUCCUGGAGCAAGCAAACUUUGACCACAACGUGAAAGAAGUGAAGAAUGCCUAUGAAGAAUAUUUACUAAGCUAUGGUGAAUUUGACGAGAGAAUGUUCCUGAAUGAAGAUGAGGUUGUGACAGGUUCCAUCGGAGCAUCUCCACCCUCGACUAGAGCAGCACAUUUGGAGUCCCCAGUUGACUCGUCUUCCAUGAGACAAGCUAGAAGAAACUUGGUUCAGUCAUUUGACGGAGACUUGCACCUUGUACCGCUGACUCCCAUCACUGGUCGGCGAUACACCAUAAACCGGCCAAACAUUGGUACGACGCCCCUCACAGUGGUUACUUCAGGACUGCAGAAGCUGUAUGCCCUCCUUGCUGGCAGAAAAAAUAGUCCAAGUGAAGAGUUGCAGGAAAUGUUCAAAACUUGCAAAGAAAAUCCAGAAGAAAAAAUAGCAGCUUUGGUUGCAGAUAUGAGUGAAGAGUUUUGCCGUCUGUACACACAAUCAACAGAGGACUACAAUGGGCCUAGUAUGGACUUUGCCAAGAUGAGGCUGCAAAUGGGCCAGAUUCUUUACUACACCUUUUUAGAACACAUACUGAUGGAUGAAAAGAGAAGAGGGGUUGACUUAAUGUUGAUUCUACAAGAAGAAAUGUUCCAUAAGACACUUUUCACUUGCUGCCUGGAAAUAGUGCUGAGGUCAUACAACGAUCCACGACGCUUCCCAUGGUCAUUGCAAGUUGGUCAAGUUGAACCCUAUUAUUUCAUUCGGAUCAUUGAGCCUGUCAUCCGCUCUGAGAAGCAAUCAGACAACCAACUCUCCAGGGAAUUAGUGAAGCAUCUCAAGGGGAUUGAAGAACAGAUCCUAGAUUCUCUUGCAUGGAAGGGAGAUUCUUCUUUGUGGCAGAUCCUACAGAAUGGCGAUAUACCAUCAUGUCAGGAUGUUAACUUCUCUGAUCAGCUGGAGACUGAAAUGAAUUCUACCACUCCUUCAGUUGGACUUGCCACAACACCCAUGUCUCCAGCAGCUAAACUAUUCAGUGACAAAGCAACCCCAAUCAACCUGCAGCUGUCUCCAUUGUCCACCAUCUCAGAAAGGUUCCAGUCUCCAAUGAGUCAGUCGUCAGCAAGAAGGACACUUUUCCCACCAUCCACAACAACAACAACAAUAAACAAUCCUGUCCCAACACUUACAGUUUCAAAGUCUUCAUUACUCAACCGAGGAACUACCGGCACAUCUGUAGUCACAACGUCUGCUCCUUCUAACAUCCAGAAAACACCCAACCUCAUCACUGUACAGGGAGCAACAAGGACUGCAGACACCAAUGCAGAGAACAACUCAGAGAAAACAGCUGAUCCACCCAGCACAGACAAGAAGAAGGACAGACCAAAAAGGCACGGCUCCUUGGCCUUAUUCUGUCGAAAGUUCUACACCUUGGCCAACAUGAGGUUACGGGAGCUGUGUGACAGACUGGAUGUGAAUGAGAAAGAGCUCAGAAAAAAAAUCUGGACAUGCUUUGAACACUCAAUAAUUCAUUACACAGAAUUGAUGCAAGACAGACACAUGGACCAGAUGAUCAUGUGUGCUAUAUAUAUUACAUGUAAAGUCACUGGAAAUGACCGCAUAUUUCAAGAAAUAAUGAAGCACUAUAGAAGCCAGCCUCAGGCAGCCUCGCAUGUCUACCGCAGUGUCUUAAUAUCAAGAUCUAAUACUCCAUCUCAAGUCAAAUAUGAAGGUUCUAAAGGGCAACAGGGAGGAAGUGCUCCACCAGCAACACCAAACCAGAUGACUGGAACUUCAACCAGCUUUGACCAAGAGGAAAGAGGAGACCUAAUCAAAUUCUACAAUCAAGUUUAUGUACAAAGAAUGAAAGCUUUUGCUUUGAAAUUCAGAGCAGCCCUAGAGGGUGAUCUUCCUCCAUUGUCACCCUUGCCUGUAGUGCGGCACACACCUGUCUCUCCACGACGAAGAAUCUCUUCAAACCAUUCUGUGUACAUCAACAACCUGAGCCCAGUGAAGGGCAGCACAGCAAUGUCCCCUCGAAAGCCACUGCCAUAUUACUUCAAUCGCAGUCCAGCCAAGGACUUGAUGGUCAUCAAUAAUAUGCUGAAGACUAAGGUUAUGGGAGCUAAGCGCAUGUUGGCAGAGAAAGACUUUGUUGGGCUGGAAUUAAAACGCCCUUUGAUGAGUGGCAUGUGCAGACGCAUCCAGGGAGUAAUGGGUGACCGCCUGUCUGGCACACCAACUCUAGACCUCCAGCAGGACUCUGAUGGUACUCCAGAGACAUCAUCACUACCACAGAACGGUCAUGCUGCAGAACCUUCCAGUGAGGACUAUUCCAGUGCAGAUCAGCCAUAGUCAUUAGGCAAUAAUAGAAAUCUUAUAAAGAGUAUCUCUGCCUGAAAUCAAAGUUCUUAUCUGAACCCAAGUACAGUUUCAUUUACCAAUAAAUUAAACCAUAAAUUUAAUAUUGUACAUAGUAUGUUAUGUAAUUUUAUCAAUUAUUGCCUUCUUUUUUUAAAUGUGAUCAGAUUUCACAUUGUCUUGUUAAUACCACAUUGGUCAACCCAACAUGUGUUCUGUUAACUGCAGUUAAAACAAGGGUGAACUAGGCUGUUACCUAUCGCCUGAUAAGCUUGUGGAAUAUCUGAUUCUUGGUGGUAUUGUUCUUGAUAGUUCACUAGUUUAAGCCAGUUGACUACUCCAGUAUGGUAUGUUCAUAAUGACUGUCCCAUUUCAGUGUGGACUAUGUUAAUUGCAAUUGAGGAAAUUUUUAUGUAUUUAAUGAAUCAUGUACAGCAAAUGUUUAUCAUUGUAAUUAAGAUUUUAAUUAAUAAUUAUAGUUGUGACCCAUUUUAUUUUAAAAAGCUA